AUGGAGAUAAGUGCUGUAGCUGAAAGAACUGUGCGGAAGUGGUUUGCUAGGUUUAAAGCUGGUGAUUUCAACCUUAAAGAUCAAGAACGCCCGGGUAGGCCCUCCACCACAGAUGAGGAUCAGAUUAAAACACUGAUCGAGAAUAACCCACGCUAUACGACACGUAAAUUAGCAGAAAUGUUAAAUAUGUCAAAAUCCACCAUCUACGAGCAUUUUGUGAAGCUUGGCUACACAAAUCGUUUUGAUGUAUGGGUUCUCCACGAUUUAACGGAGAAAAAUCUGAUGGAUCGCAUUUCCAUUUGCGACUCGCUCUAUAAACGCAACGAGGAGACACCAUUUUUGAAGCAAGUAGUGACGGGGGAUGAAAAAUGGAUCAUUUAUAAUAAUGUUGAGCAAAAAAGAUCUUGGAGAAAGCGGAAUGAACCACCUUUAGCCACCCCAAAAGCCGGUCUUCAUCCAAAGACGGUCACGCUCUGUGUCUGGUGGGAUUGGAAAGGAAUCCUGUAUUAUGAGCUUUUUCCAAACAACGAGACGAUAAAAGUUCAGAAAAGUAUUGUUCCCAAUUAG